CUCUUAAGAUGGCGUGCCAUCACCGUGUCAGAUGUAUGUUGUGAUUAUUUCGAUGCAUUAAAAAAUACGUGUAGUUUGACAGGUUUCACUUAUAUCGCAGUUGAUUGUAUUACGAAUAUUAAUAAAAAACUUUUAAUCCUGUGAAGCUUCGGAUAAUAUUGUUAUGGAAACCGACAGACGAUCAGAUUUAUACGAAGAAUGGAAAAGACGGGCUUUUCUUGGUCCACUUCCCCAAGGAUUCCUAAGAUUGGAAAAUGCGCUUCAUCAACUGCAAAUGCAAAAUAUGCCAGCAAUGCACGAGCCUUAUGUUGGUAGACUUAGUAUAACAAUUGUUCAGGCUAAACUUGUGAAGAACUAUGGAAUGACAAGAAUGGAUCCUUAUGUGAGAUUAAGAGUAGGUCAUGCAGUAUAUGAAACACACACAUGUUCAAAUGGAGCAAAAAAUCCGCAUUGGAACAAAGUUAUACAAUGUUAUUUGCCACCAGGAGUCUCACAAAUAUAUGUAGAAAUUUAUGAUGAAUGUUCCUUUGUAAUGGAUGAAUUAAUUGCAUGGGGGCAUAUAGAUAUUCCAUCACAAGUUCUCCAAAAAGGAGAAACAUAUGAAGAUUGGUAUAUGCUUAGUGGAAAACAAGGAAACAAUCAAGAAGGAGUGAUAAAUUUAGUUUUUAGUUACACGAAUAAGUGCCAUCCAGCACCUCCAAUUAUGAUGGUUCCUUCUUCGACAAUGUUUGGCAUGUCACAAUAUGCACCAGUUAGUGUUUAUACAGCACCACCUACAGCUGCAGUACCACCUGUAGUUCCCAGUUCUAUGCCAAAUGCUGAAGUUGAAUUAAAACAGAUUUCAGAAAUGUUCCCAAACAUGGACAAGGAAGUAGUAAAAUCAGUCUAUGAUGCAAAUAAUGGAAGAAAAGAUGUAACUAUAAAUUCAUUACUCCAAAUGUGUGAAUAAGUAAUUUUUUAUGCAAAUUACUAUUUAAUUCCAAAGGCCAUAUUUGUAUUUUCUGCUAUGCUGUAUUUCUUUUAAAAUGUAAUAUAUUUGCAAAUUAUUGCUAUGCAUUUUAUGGUACAUCAACACU